CAGCCCCAAAAUGCCCAAAGCAUUUCGCCUGACGCCCGCCUGUGCCUAACCGGAGGAGAAAUCCCAGACUGGAUAAGAGAGAUUUUCAAAUCAAACCAAUCCUCAAGAACAAAAAAAGCAUAGGGUAAUACAUUGAUUGUUGAGGAACACCAGAAGCUGAGGCAUUUUAGUCGAGUUUUAUUUUAAUCUCACUCCGUAUUACUCCAUAAUUCCAUCUUUUUCAGCUUUGGGUUUUCGAUUUUCAUCAAGAAUGUGUUCUUCAUCCAUCUCCAGAUGUCUCGUCUAUCUUCAUCUAACCCUAAAUCGAAGCCCUAGUUCCUCCUUCCCUAUUUUCCCAAGCUCUCUAAAACCAUUCUCCCUGAACCCAGUCUCUAAAACCCCAAGAAUCGUCCUCAUCCGACCCCACCUUCACCAGUCAAAAUCUGCCCCAGAGAACUGUUCCUUUACUCCCCAGAAGAUGAUUUCCAGGCCUCUCGGGGAGAAAUUGGUGAUUUUGAUUUUCGGGUCUUUCGUUUUCUUCUGCAGUUGCUUAAAGGGUAGGGCAGCAAUGGCCCGGCCGGUUCAAGAAACCAGUUGGGCUGAGGAGAAAGCUCAGGUCGGUGAAACGGAUGAGGUACGUUUGUAUUUGAAGCUGCUGGAGAAGGACCCGGGAAAUAUUGAGUCUUUGAAGAUGAUUGUGAAUGCAAUGAUGAAGAGAGGGAGGACGAAGGAGGCCGUUCAGUAUGUGGAGAGGCUGAUUGAGGUCCAGCCGGGAGAAGUUGAGUGGAGAUUGUUGCAGGCUCUGUGCUAUGAGAUGAUGGGGCAGCUGAGCAAGGCCAGGAGAUUGUUCAAGCAAGUGUUGAAGCAAAAACCUUUAUCACUUAGAGCAUUGCACGGUCUAGCAAUGGUUAUGCACAAGAACCAUGAGGGCCCUGCUGUAUUCGAGAUGUUGAAUGGCGCUCUUGAAGUUGCCCGUCGCGAAAAAAGAGUCAAUGAAGAGAGAAAUAUAAAGAUAUUGAUUGCGCAGAUGCAUGUGGUUAAGGGUGAGCUAGAGGAGGCUCUGGAAAUGUUUCAAAAUCUUGUUCAAGAGAACCCAAAAGAUUUUCGCCCCUAUCUCUGCCAGGGAAUUGUUUACAGUCUCCUGGGCAAGAAGAAGGAAGCAGAGGAUUGUUUCGAGACAUACCACAAUCUGAUGCCAAAAGAAUUUCCAGGGAGAGGGUUCCUUGAGGAUGUUAUGUUGGCUGCGAAAACCCAACCUAAGGAACGACUCGGGAAAGAUUUCGCAGACUGAUGGUUCAUAAGUCCCAACAUCACUUGUUUCAGUUUCUUAGGCAGAAAAAUAUGGCUUCAUUUUUCAAGCUAUAAAUGGGUACAUGACUCAGAUGCAUUCUUGUUUUUUUUAUUUUACCUCAGCAAGUACUUCUCAUUUGAUCAUUUAUUUGCUAAUUUGUAUGUAUAGUUUUUGAACCUCACUUAUAUUGAUCUGUUGAAGAAAACUGGGCAAAGUGU